CUGGCAGUUAAAGUUAUAUUUGCCUUAACAAAACAUAGUUAAUAGAGAAGACUAAUAACUACAUCAAUUGAUAUAUAAAACUAUCGAAUCAUGUCUGGUCGUCCUGAUAUCCCACAGUAUGUAUCUAUUUCUUGACUGAAUUUUGUUGGUCGAGUAUUGAGCUUCGUAUCAUAAUUAUGGAUAAUGAUGUACUAACAAUAAUCGUUUCUAGAGCCGUGGUGAACAAGUUAGUGUUUUUCACAGCUGCCAUGAUUAUAUUCCCAAUAUUCACUUUCUUUGUGGUUCAAUAUCUAUUCAACAACAACGCUAUUUUAAGUGGUGGUAUUGCAGCUGGGGUUGCCAAUGUUGUAUUGAUUGGUUACAUUGUUGCAGCUUUCUUAGAACCUACCGAUGAUUCAGUGGAUGAAAAUGGCGAAACUAAAAAGGACAGGUAGUCCGUACAUUACUUAUGUUGCCUAUAUAGAUAUAUAUCUAGCUUUUGUAAAUAUAUGUGUAAUAAUCCUUUGAUUCAC